CCCGCAUAGUCUCCUGUAGGUGGCAACAGUGCCACCUGUUUGACUGGUGGGGCUGAGCCAAGGACUGAAGAGGGAGGAGGCAGACAACUCGGAGAGGAGCUGAGAAGCAGUGCAGAGCAGAGAGCAGAGCAGAGCUGCCGCUGAGAAAAGGUUACUCCUGGUUCCUGGGGUGGAAGGCUUUCCAACAGAGGGCUGCCUGAAGCUCGGCCAGAUCUGCCUCAACUUGCUGAACUCAGUUUGCCCCACCCGGGGCAGUUUCUCCUAAGUCCCCACCCUGGGCCCUCACCAUGGCCAAGUCCCCCGGCUGCUGCUCCGUCUGGGCCCGCUGCCUCCACUGCCUGUAUAGCUGCCACUGGAGGAAAUGCCCCAAAGAGAGGAUGCCAACCAGCAAGUGCGACUGCAUCUGGUUUGGUCUGCUCUUCCUCACCUUCCUCCUCUCCCUGGGCUGGCUGUACAUCGGGCUCAUCCUUCUCAAUGACCUGCACAACUUCAACGAAUUCCUGUUCAACCACUGGGGACACUGGAUGGACUGGUCCCUGGCAUUCCUGCUGGUCAUCUCUCUACUGGUCACAUAUGCAUCCCUGCUAUUGCUCCUGGCCCUGCUCCUGCGGCUCUGUGGCCAGCCUCUGCGUCUGCACAGCGUCCACAAGGUGCUGCUACUCUUCAUUAUGCUUCUUGUGGCCGCUGGCCUUGUGGGACUGGACAUCCAAUGGCAGCAGGAGUGGCGUAGCUUACGUCUGUCACUGCAGGCCACAGCCCCAUUCCUUCAUAUCGGAGCAGUUGCUGGCAUCACCCUUCUGGCCUGGCCUGUGGCUGAUACCUUCUACCGUAUCCACCGAAGAGCCUGCCCCCUACUCCCCGCAGGUCCCAAGAUUCUGCUACUGUUCUUAUUUUUUGGAAUUGCCCUGGCCAGCUACCUGGCCCCCCUGUGCAUCUCCUCACCCUGUAUCAUGGAACCCAGAGACUUACCUCCCAAGCCGGGGCUGGUGGGACACCGAGGGGCCCCCAUGCUGGCCCCCGAGAACACCCUGAUGUCCCUGCGGAAGACGGCUGAAUGUGGAGCUGCUGUGUUCGAGACCGACGUGAUGGUCAGCUCCGACGGUAUCCCCUUCCUCAUGCAUGACGAGCACCUGAGUAGGACCACAGAUGUGGCCUCUGUGUUCCCAACCCGAAUCACCACCCACAGCAGUGACUUCUCCUGGGCAGAACUGAAGAGACUCAAUGCUGGGGCCUGGUUUUUAGAGAGGCGACCCUUCUGGGGGGCCAAGCAGCUGUCAGGCACUGAUCGGAAAGAGGCUGAGAAUCAGACAGUGCCAACCUUGGAAGAACUACUGAAGGAAGCUGCCGUCCUCAACAUUUCCAUCAUGUUUGACCUGCGCCGCCCCCCGCCAAACCAUACAUACCAUGAUACUUUUGUGAACCAGACAUUGGAGACUGUGCUGAGUGCAAGGGUGCCCCAAGACAUGGUCCUUUGGCUACCAGACGAAGAUCGGGCUAAAGUACAACAACGAGCACCCAAAAUGCGCCAGAUAUAUGGACAGCAGGGAGGCAACAGAACUGAGAGGCCCCAGUAUCUCAACCUCCCCUAUCAAGACCUGCCACUGUUGGAUAUCAAGGCACUGCACCAGGAUAAUGUCUCAGUGAACCUAUUUGUAGUGAACAAGCCCUGGCUCUUCUCCCUACUCUGGUGUGCAGGGGUGGAUUCGGUCACCACCAACGACUGCCAGCUGCUGCAGCAGAUGCACUACCCUGUCUGGCUUAUUCCCCCUCAGACCUACCUUAUGAUGUGGAUCGUUACUGAUUGUGUCUCUACCCUGCUGCUUUUGUGGACUUUUCUGCUCCAGGGCCUUCCCCUUGCUCACUCCCUAUAUGCCCUCCCGACCCCCAGGCUUAGAAACAGCAGUGCUGCUGACCAGGAUCAACAAUUUCUUAAUGGAGUGAUGCUCUUCCCAGGAGCCCCACCAGCAGGAGUCUCAGGCCUGUCUGCAUUGGCCAAUGGCAAAGAAGGGAGAAUGGCUGAAGUGGAACGUUAGCAUGUUUGGGGUGGGGUAAAUUUUGCCAACAGGAGUUUUUGAACUAUGAGGGCACCCAGAUGGUAAGCAUGCCCCAAGUUUGCGUGGAAUCUGCUCCCCUUGGGGUUUUGACCUGAGAUGGUUGGGAAGACAGUGAGUCAUGAGAAGUUUCUCCCAAAAUGAAACUAGAACAGAGGAAGUGAAAAGGAGAUUGCCAAGAUAAUGUUUCAGACCUGUGCGCGCGUGUUCUUGUGUAGAAGGAACAGGGUGUGUCAGGGACGGGAGAGCUUGGAACAGUGGCUGAAGGAGAUGACAAAACGGCCUUUCCUGGAGAACUGUAAGAUGAUGGAGACACCAACCCUCCUCCCUUCACUGUCUCGCCUGAUCCCUGCAAUUUAGCUGCUUUCCUGCCUAGAGGCUGGGGGCUAAAGCCCAUCUAGCCAUGUAAUUCUGUGCCCACAGGUAGCUUCUUGCUGUGCACAGCCUUUUCUUCAAGACGGGUUGAUUCCUGUAUCUUGUCUGUUAAUCUGUUAAUCAAUGAAUUUAAUUCCCAUUUGG